CGGGAUGCCGGCUCGGCAAGUCUUGCGUGUCCGCGCGUUGUAUCGGCGCAUCUUGCUGCUGCACCGGGUUCUGCCCCCGGACCUCAAAGCUCUCGGUGACCAGUAUGUGAAGGACGAAUUUAGGAGGCAUAAGACCGUUGGUUCUGAUGAGGCCCAGCGUUUCUUGCAGGAAUGGGAGAUGUAUGCAGCAGUGCUUUGGCAACAAGCUAAUGAAAACAGUCAAAAUUCAGCUGGAAAAGCAUGUUUUGGAGCCACCCUCCCAGAAGAAAAACUUGAUGACUUUCGUGAUGAACAAAUUGGACAAUUGCAGGAACUUAUGCAAGAAGCUACUAAACCCAGUAGGCAAUUUAGUAUUACUGAGUCUACAAAACCAAAAUCUUAGUGCACAGUGUACAUUUUUAAGGAUGUGGUAGAGCAUGUAUGAGUCUCCAGCAUCAUACAAUGUUUAAAGUUCAGAACCCCAUGGUUUAGUUAUCAUUCAUUUAAAAAUCUUAUUUCUCCAGAUUUAAAGGUUUGAAAAUACUUGGUUUAAGCUAGGGAUGCUUUCUGCAACAAUAUGGUUUCAGGAUCACUGGUAAAAUAAGUAUUUGAAUUUUGGACUAAAGAAUGACUCUUAAAAAGGACUCACUUCUGGAAUUGUGCUGAAUUGUUUUCUUCAUAAAAAUUGCUUUUAAUGCUAAUGUUCAAGUCUCUUGGCUUUAAAUCUAUUAAGAUAAAUACAUUUUAUUCUGAAAGUUUAAUUCUGAGCCAUUGUUUACAGUAAAAGGUUAACAAUUAAAUUUAAAAUGUAUGAGUCUAUAAAAAUGAUAGUAUAACAAUACUGCAGAAUACAUUUCAUUAAUAACCUGAGUUUUCUUAAAAUGGUUUGGGAUAUAAAGAUUCUAGACUAAGAUGGCAACAGAGGAGUUAUUGGCUAGGCUUUGGAGGACAAAACUGUGUAGUUACACUUUUUUCCACCACACAUCAGAACUACUGCUGAGGCAGAAGAGCUGCUGAAUCUCAGAUCUUCACUUCCAGAAAAUAGAUAGAGCUGCAGUGCCACAAAUGUUCUCCACAGAAACGACACUUUUCCACUGUGCUGAUGCAGGGAAAAAUCAAGUCUAGAAAGGAUAAUCAAAUACAGCACCACCUGCUGGAAAUGUAAAAGUACUUCAACUGUUCAGCUGAUUCAGCUAGACAUAGAAGACUAUGUAGCUAUCAGAUAAAGAGUUCAAAAUUGGUCCUAUAGGCAGGAGCAGUAAUGGCAAACACCAGGCCUCAGGGGAUGGGUCGGCCCUUCUCAUCCUUUUGCCCCGAUGGGAUCUUGAGAUGACGCCCACGAACUGCUUCUACUACGUAAGGUCCUUAACGGCCAUGAUCAAGGGACACACAAAAGAUUCUUGGAACUGAGCAGUUUGCUGCAGAGAUUUCUCUAGGCCCUAAUUAUCUAAAAUUUUAGAAUUCCAGUAGCGAGCGCUCUCGAAGCCAUGCAAUAUCUCAUGCUAUUCAUAACAAGCAAUAGCAUGCCCUUUCGGCAGGUUUGAGUGGUGGCUGGACUGUUGUCGAAAUAUUAAAUGUAAUCAAAGUAGAGAGAGUAUUAUGAAAAUUGUCUGCCACACAGGCAGG